CCGUCCAUUAUCAAGUUUCUCCUUUUGCCGCCAUAACGACAUGAUGCGCUGGACAUUCUUUGGUUCCCGAGAUAUUAUUCAUUAUUCACUAGUUCAAUACGAUUACGCAUUUAUGUGAUUAUAAAUUUAUAAGUAAUAUUAAGUUUAAACCAUAAACGGCAUAAACUCAGCGAUCGCCGAWCACUGAUCACCAUAUAGUGGUACACAACACGUGUACUAUACUAACCUCGAUCACAGUUUUCUYUUCCGACAGACUUAAAAAUGUGGGGUGAUGAUGAAGGUGGCUUUAAUGUCACAAUGACACAAAGUCCAGCAACAGCAUCUGGAGCUGAACCAAAACAAAAUACUGUAAUUACUGUAGCUAUUCGUGAAUUGUUUGAUAGUAACGAGGAAAACAAAAAUACACAUGUUGUAGUUGUUGGAAUUAUCAAACAGGUUGAAACACAAACGUUAAAGAAUAUGUUUACAAUUGAAGAUAAUACUGGUCGCUUGUUAUGCAUUCAAUGGGGCGAUGAGAACGAAUUAUCAAGAUAUCCAAAGUUAAUUGAAAAUGCAUAUUUUAAAGUAGUUGGUAGUAAAAGAAUUCAAAAUGACAAGGUCACUUUGCUUUGUCACAGUGUAAGACCUUUAGAAAGUCUAAAUGAAUUAACGCAUCAUUUAUUAAGUAUUAUUGCGUUACCGUUAAUAACCGAGGAAAUCAAUAUGACUAGCGGUACACAGCAGUCUAUUGCAACAAAUCAAAAGGACUUUUUAAUCAGUGGUGAUAAUGCUAAUGGAUUUAUGGAUACAACCAACAAUUUAUCACUGAACCCAAAACAGUUAAAAGUUUAUACAGUAAUAAAGAGGUGCCAGGAUGAGGCAGGUUAUUCAGCAUUAGAUAUUCAAAAGAUACUUCCAGAGAAAAUUCCAUUACCAGAAAUAGAAAAAAUUCUUUCAUUUUUCAUUGAAGAGGGACAUAUUUUCUCAACCAUUGAUGAGAAUCAUUACAAAGUCACAGACUUUGGAAGUUAAAUAUUCAGUUUUUAAAUUCAUUUUAACAUUAUUUUAUAAAUUGAAAACUAGAAUAAGUUAUUAUUUAAGCACAAUA